GAUUCGGUACCUCAGUGGGAUGGUGACCUCAAAACCAUCCUAGCCUAUCUGCACAAAAUGAACAACUUAGCCAUGAAAAACGAGCACGUCGCGCGGGACUUAGGAUCGGUCGCCCCCGACCGUUUCACUGGCCAAGCCGAAAGCUGGUGGUUAGUGCUGGGAUAUGAAACGCAAAAGCUAUACUCCGCUGGAUGGUGGAACCUCUACGAAGGCAUCAAGUUGCAGUCUUUUACCUUCAAGUUCCUGGUAGCGUUACGCACUCAAUACGAUGGACAACGCUUUAGGCAAGCUGGGUACGAGAAGGAACAACCCCUCGACUUCAUCAAUCGAAGGAUCCUAUACCAUCGACAUCUCACUAGCGCUCGAGAGACGCAACUCGAUGAAAUCGCCGCGGUUAUGCAGAACGUCCCUCCGACUUGGUCCACCGUCUUGUCCCUCGACUCGAUUAGCACCAUAGCAGCCCUCUUGGCCAAAGUUUCUGACAAGAAGGACGAACUCGUCGCGUUCGCUUCUAUGGCACCC